AUGUUCUCGCCGAGAGAUUUGAGUAAAGUAGACUACAUUAGUUUGAAUAUUCACGAUAGUGCAUCCUUUGCUCGAGGGACAUCACGAAGUGUUUGGAGACAAUGGAAUCAGCUCUCCAGGUUUCAGAGAAAUGUAUUUUACUUUGCUGUGAUCACAGUGGUACUUCUGAUCUUUUAUUUGCUUCCUGGAGGAGCGAAAACUGUCCUCCUAGAAACCGAAAGUGAUUAUGAAAGUGGAAAGGUUCAAGAAACUCCAAAACACGACAAGUUUGCCGACGAACUGAUCGUAGAUAGUGUCGAUCAGCCAAGAGCAGCGGAAGCUGGAGAUGUGAUAGAGGAGCCGGAGUUUCAACCGGACGUUAACCAAGUUGAUGACGAUCAGAUUGGCGAACCGCCACAACCUAAGCCAAAUGCACUUAAGUUUAAUGGUCCUCAAAAUGAGAGGCAAAAAGCUGUGAUCAAAGCCUUUAAGCAUUCCUGGGCUGGAUACAAGAAAUAUGCUUGGGGCCACGAUAAUGUUAAACCGAUAUCGAAAGGAUAUAGCGAAUGGUUUGGCCUGGGUCUUACAAUUGUAGAUUCUUUAGAUACUUUGUAUAUAAUGGGUUUAAAUGAAGAAUUCAAGGAAGCACGAGAAUGGGUAGCAAAUAGUUUAGUGUUCACAUUGAACAGGGACGUAAAUUUAUUUGAAGUUACUAUUAGAGUACUCGGUGGUUUACUGGCCGCCUAUCAUUUAUCCGGCGAUAAGCUCUUCCUAGACAAAGCAACUGAUCUUGGCGAUCGGAUGCUGCCUGCAUUUUCUACCAGAUCUGACGUUCCAUAUUCGGACGUUAAUUUAGGCACAAGAAGUGCACACAGCCCUAAAUGGGGGCCAGAUAGUAGCACUAGUGAAGUUACUUCCAUUCAGUUAGAAUUUCGGGAUUUGAGUCGAAGCUCAGGACAACCGCGAUUCGAGGCUGCUGCUGCUAGAGUAUCAGAGCAUGUCCACCGGCUAGAAAAAUAUGAUGGUUUAGUUCCGAUUUUCAUCAACGCAAAUACAGGAAUGUUCAGGGAAUAUUCCACGAUAACUUUGGGAGCACGAGGCGAUAGUUAUUAUGAAUAUUUAUUAAAGCAAUGGCUUCAGACUGGAAAAACUAUUAAUUAUUUAAGAGACGACUACUUGAUGGGAAUGGCUGGAACGCAAAAACAUCUAGUGAAAAGAACAGCCGUAAAGAAAUAUCUUUUCAUCGCCGAACUCGUUGGCGCAACUAGAGAGAUGAAACCUAAGAUGGACCAUCUCGUAUGUUAUUUGGGAGGAACUUUAGCUCUCGGGGUUCAUAAUGGUUUGCCUGCAGAUCAUAUGGAUUUUGCAACCGAAUUGGUUAACACUUGUUACGAAACUUACGCCAGUCAGCCAACAUUCCUUGCCCCGGAGAUCACUUACUUCAAUGUGCUGAAUUCGGAGGACGACAAUCAGAAGGACAUGUACGUGAAGUCAAACGACGCACACAAUCUUCUGCGCCCAGAAUUAAUAGAAAGUCUCUAUUACAUGUAUUACUUUACAGGAAACAAGACUUACCAGCAAUGGGGUUGGCAAAUAUUUCAGGGAUUUGAGAAUUAUACCAAAGUAGAAAAUGGAUACACGAGUAUUGGAAAUGUACGUAAUGUACAAAAUACUCGCCCCAAGGACAUGACUGAGACCUUCUGGUUAGCCGAAACUUUAAAAUAUUUAUACCUUCUUUUUGACGACACUCGACAGUUGAUAAAUCUUGACAAGUGGGUCUUAAACUCCGAAGGACAUCCCUUACCAAUUUAUGAAGCGUAAAUUUCGAAUUUAAUUUUUGCUGUCAAUCAGUGGCCAGUCGACUCAAAUUCUCAUUUUGGCAGCAAACACUUUUAUCCAUAAGUCUUCGAUUAAGCGUUUAUAACUCACGCACUGUUUGUUAUAAUAUCUAAAUCCGUCGUAUACAAUUUGUAUUCGAAUUUUAUUACGACUGUGAUAAAAGCUGUGGGAAAUUUCAGCUAUCAAUGUCUAAUAGUUUUAAAUUUUAGCACGUUUCUUUCAUACGGGAGGAAGAAAUAUUUGUAUUAGUUUUUUUGUUUUUGUUUACGACGUCUUCCAUAUUCUUACAAAUGUGGACCUUAAUUAAAGUGCUUUUUUUUUACUCACAAUUUUUUUGUGAGGCAAUCUUUGGUACUUAUUUAUUUGAAUUACACCAUUUGUCAGAAUCUGCCAUAUCAAGUUAAAAAGAAAAAUGAGUUUGUUAAAAGAACGAGCGUGCAAGCAAUCGAGCCUUUUUAAAGGCGAAGAUUUGAAAGAUGGGAGUUUGUUCUCAUAACUUUGAUGAUGUAUGUUCUAUUGUAUCCAAUAUUAUUAAUAAUGAAUUUUCUAGUCGUAAUCAUAAAUUCAAAGCACUAUUUAGUUGCGACGUUUGUUUGCAGUAGAGUGGUGUGUGCGAAAGAUGGACUUAAAGUGAAUGAAUGUCUGGAUUUAUUAUUAGUUAGGAUUUAAAUUUUGUAAUUCGGGUUAAUGUUACGCGCACAAUUGCACCAAAUUCGAGAAGCGCAUAACUUCAAACUGGAAUUUGAAUUAUUACAAAUUACAAUGAUGCUAAUUUAAUUUAAUAUUCAGAAUUUCAAAUUUUUUGCUUUCAACAUCCAAUGACUUGUUUAUAUUUUAAUGAUUUUAAUUUAAACUCAUGAAGUUCCAAAUUCUCAAAAAUAUUAGAUUGCAGAUUUAUUUGCGAGUGGUAAAUAUUAUUUUAAAUUUUUAAAUUCUUCAAUCCAGGUUUCUGCUUUAUGUUUUAAUUUUAAAAUUGCACAUUUUAAUCUCUUACAAUUUUGGAUUGUACAAUUUUAUAAUUCUGAACUUUGAAUCUAAUAAUUUUUAAAAUAUUAAAUUUUAAGCUGCUUUGCAAAAAUCUAACUUGUUUAAAUCUGCAGUUCUUAGGAUCAAAAAAUUUUUUAUUGUAAGUCUUAUUUUAAAUUAUCAGAAAUUGACCUUAAAAAUAGGAGAUCGUGCAAUUUCCUCCAAUGUGAGUAAGAACAUUUUAAAAUCUUGGACACAUAAAUAAAUAUUUUUGCAUGUUUCUAUAUGUUAAUAAGUUUAAGUUGAAAUUAGAAAUUUUAUUUUAGAAGGAUCUACUAUGAAAUGCGAAGUUAUGUACUUAUUCCUCAGAAAAAUUGCUACUUUGAUUUGAUUUAGAUACUCGACGAGUCACUUAACAUUAUAAAUAAUUCUAAAGAUUUUCAAAGCUUUAGAGCGUCAGUUACCGGAUGAAAUAUGCAUUUGUCGUGUUGUCAGAGCUUUUAAUUCCAACCACGGUUUUAAUUAUUGUAUUCACCUUUUUCCAGCGUUUACAUUGUUUUUUGAAAAUAUUUAUUAGAUUCCGUAGUUUUGGAGAUCUGUGAGAAAGGUGUGUUUUAUAUUUAUAUGUAUUUACCAGAACAUGUGCAAGUUGAGAUAGGAUAGAAACGCGAAUACUUACAGUUAAAGGCGGAUUUAUACACGAAAUUUAUAGAGUGAAUCUUUAUAUUUAAAGAAACUCGAAAUAAUAUAUUAUUUAGGACUCUACUUAUCAUAAAAUUAAAAAAUUGGAUGUGUUGCUGCUUUUUAAAAAUUGCGUAAACCCGAUUUAAGAACAGGGAUGUGAUUUCUCAAUUGUUCUGUAAUUUAAUUAGUUUUAAUCUGCAAUCGCAACGAGGGACUAAAACAGUGAAUUCGUGAACCUAGAUAUAAAUUUACUAACUUAAUUUGUAAAUAUAGGGAAAUCAAAAAGAGACUUCGAGAUGUCGAAAAAUGGAUAGAAUGGAACGAAAAUGAAAUUCGAAGGCUGUAAAACAAAUUGCACUUUAAUCCAUUCUUAACUCUGUACAUUUGCAACAAAAAAUUACCAUAUUCGGUAUUCUAUCUAUGAAACUUCCGAGCUUCAAAUCGCUUCGGAUUUGUUAUCGGUAUACAUUUUUUCUGUUUGUAAUAAAUCUAUAAUUUGUGUAAA